AGAGAACCUGCAGUCUUGUACUACUAGCUACCUAGUGGAGUCGUGUUCGCUUACCUUGGCGAUGGCGGCAAUGGGCGUACUCAUCAGCAUCCUGCUCCUCCUACUCACACCACCGUCGCUGCUGGCCGCCGACGACUUCUGCGACAACGUCAAGGCCGUCGGAGCCAUCCUCUCCAAGAACGCCUCCGCCUCCCCGGUACACUUCGCCAGCGCCACCUUCGGGCAAGCCCCCGACGUGGUCUCCGCGCUCGCGCUCUGCGGCGGCGACAUCCUCGACGGCUCCGCUUGUGCCGGCUGCAUCACCAGCUGGUUCGACAAGCAGGCGCUCAACCAGACGCAGUGCGCCAGGGCCGGCUCCAACUACCGGGACUGCAUCAUCGCCUACGGCGGCGCCGCCGCCAACAUCCUCGCGGCGCCCUCCAACGCCACGGGAGGGUCCGGCGACAACACGCCGCCCUUCGAGGACUGGAGCAUCAGGAACGUCUCGGUCUCGGGCGGCGCCGGCGCCGUCCCCCUCGUCGUCGGCCUCACCCGCGAGCUGCUGGCGGCGACUGCGGAGAAGGCGGCAGUCACGACUCCGAGCCGGUAUGCCACCGGUGUCAUGGACAUGGAGAGCGUGGCGACGUACCCGAGGGUGUACUCGCAGGCGCGGUGCACGCCGGACCUGCCCGCCGACGAGUGCUCGGCGUGCCUGCGCCGUCUCCUCGGCAUGGUCAACUCCACCAUGUCCAUGCGCAUGGGUGGACAGAUGGGUGUCACCCGCUGUUAUUUCAGGUACGACGCAUUUCAGUUCUACUCUGGUCAGCCACUGCUCAGUCUGCCGGCGCCGGCGCCGGCGGCAGCUCCGACUCCGAACAAAAGCAGGAGGAGCAUGUUAUGGGUAAUCCCCGUAGUUGUAGUUCCUCUAACUGCAGCUGUAUUUCUCCUCUUCAUCUGUUACUAUCGUCGGAGAAAAGGAUCAAGAUAUGCAAGGAGGAAAAUGCAAGAGAAAAACUCGGAGUUCUCUUUCUUUGACUUUGCAGAGCUAGUGGUGGCUACAAGUAAUUUCUCAGAGGAAAACAAACUUGGAGAAGGUGGCUUUGGCCCAGUCUACAAGGGCCAGCUUCCAGAUGGGUUGGAGAUAGCGGUCAAGAGACUUGCUUCACUUUCACGACAGGGAUUCAUAGAGUUCCAAAAUGAGCUCCAGCUCAUAGCCAAGCUCCAGCACAUAAAUUUGGUUAGGCUCUUGGGGUGCUGCUCUCAAGAGGAGGAGAAAAUAUUGGUCUAUGAAUACUUGCCCAACAAAAGCCUGGAUCACUUCAUCUUUGAUGAGAAUAAAAGGCCUUUACUGGAUUGGCCAAAACUUGUAGCAAUAAUUGAGGGAAUAGCACAUGGUCUUCUUUACCUGCAUAAGCACUCCCGGUUGCUUGUUAUACAUCGAGACCUUAAACCGAGCAAUAUUCUCCUGGACAGUGAAAUGAAUCCAAAAAUUUCAGAUUUCGGUCUAGCAAAAAUAUUCAGCUCAAAUGACACUGAAGCAAACACUACAAGAAGAGUGAUUGGCACAUAUGGCUACAUGGCCCCUGAGUAUGCUUCAAAGGGCAUCUUCUCUAUUAAAUCCGAUGUCUUCAGCUUUGGUGUAAUCAUUUUGGAGAUCCUUAGCGGAAAACGGAAUUCUGGUCAGCAAGAAUGUGGAGAAUUCAUCAAUCUGCUUGGACAUGCAUGGCAAUUAUGGGAAGAUGGAAAGUGGUUUGACCUCGUUGAUUCAUCAUUUGUUCCCCAUAGUCACGCGGCAAAGAUGAUGCGAUGGAUUAACAUAGCAUUGUUGUGUGUACAAGAGAAUGCGGCUGAUCGACCAACCAUGGGAGAUGUUGUUUCAAUGCUAAGCAGUGAGACUAUGAUCUUGGAUGAGCCUAAGCAACCAGCAUAUAUCAAUGUAAGAGUUGGAAAUGAAGAUGUGUCAAGUGCUCCCGAGUCAGAUAGUAUUAAGGAUAUGACAAUAUCUGUCACAACUCCAAGAUAUACGGUUAGCAGCAUGGAGGGCGUGCUGCUGCUGCUCCUCCUCCUCAUGCCGGCGUCGGCAACGGCGAUCGGGAUCACCUGCGGCAGCGGCCGGAACUACACGGCCAACACCACCUUCCAGUCCAGCCUCUCCGUGCUCGCCGCCACCCUCCCUGGCAACGCCUCCUCCUCCCCGCAGCUGUUUGCCACCGCCACCGCCGGCGUGGUGCGCGCGCUCGCGCUCUGCCGCCGCGACACCAUCAACACCACCGCGUGCACGGACUGCCUCGCCUCCUCCUUCAAGUACGCGCAGAAGAUGUGCCCGGACCGCAAGACCGGCGCCACCGUCUACUACGACUACGACGAGGUGAACGCCCUGCAGCCAGGCUGCAUCCUGGGCUUCUCCGGCGACGCCGGCUUCCUCGGCCAGGCAUCAAGUGUCACCGGGAACGGCACCUUCUUCCAGUACUGGAACCCGGUGAACCUCCCCGGCAACGCCCGCGUCAUCGCGACUGCCGUCCGCGAGCUCCUCAACGAGACGGCACGGGACGCGGCCGCCUCGGCCAGGGGGUUCGCCACGGCCUUCAUGGACUCCAUUGGCGGCGCCGCCCCGACGCUCUACUCCCUGGCGCAAUGCACGCCGGACCUGUCCGCCCGUGACUGCCUGGCAUGCCUCCGGCGGCUCGUCGGCACGGUCAACGCCACCAACUCCGUGCGCAUGGGAGGACGGAUCUUCGUGCUCCGCUGCAACAUCAGGUUCGAGGCCUUUAUGUUCUACGACGACAAAAACACGCGGCGGAUUCCAUUUUCAUCUCCAUCAUCCAUGGCUCCGGCACCGGCGCCGGCCCCCACAGGACAUGGAAUCAGACCUUGGGUAAUAGCCUUAUCGGUAGCUGCACCUGUAACACUGGUUGUUCUCUGCUGCUUCAUCGUUUACUGUUGUCGGCUUAGAAAAAGGCACACAAAAAAAGGUAAAGUGACCUUACAGGAAAAAAGUACUCACCAGUUUCAAGGAGAUGAACUAGUUUGGGAAAUGGAAGCAGAGUUGUCUGAAUUUUCAGUAUAUGAGUUUCAUCAGAUAUUAGAGGCUACAAGUAACUUCUCCGAGGAAAACAAACUUGGCGAAGGUGGAUUUGGCCCAGUUUAUAAGGGCUACUUUCCUGAGGGAAUAGAGAUAGCAGUUAAGAGACUUGAUUCCGAUUCAGAUCAAGGUUUCAUAGAGUUCAAAAAUGAAGUUGAGCUCAUAGCCAAACUUCAACACAGAAAUUUGGUUAGGCUCAUGGGAUGUUGCUCUCAAGGAGAAGAGAAAGUACUGGUCUACGAAUAUUUGCCAAACAAAAGCUUGGACUUCUUCAUCUUUGAUGAAGAUAGAAAAGUUCUACUGGAUUGGGAGAAACGUCUCGCAAUAAUUGUAGGAAUAGCAGAAGGACUUCUUUACCUACAUAAGCACUCUAGGUUGCGUGUUAUACAUCGGGAUCUUAAACCAAGCAACAUUCUUUUGGAUAGCACAAUGAAUGCUAAAAUUUCAGAUUUUGGACUAGCAAAAAUAUUUAGCUCAAAUAACAAUGAAGGAAAUAAAACAAGAAAGGUGGUUGGUACAUAUGGCUACAUGGCACCCGAGUAUGCUUCCCAUGGCCUCUUCUCUGUCAAAUCGGAUGUAUUCAGCUUUGGUGUUUUAGUUCUCGAGAUCAUUAGCGGGAAGAAGAAUUCCCAUGAGUGUGGAGCUUUCAUCAACCUCAUUGGAUAUGCUUGGCAGUUAUUUGAAGAGGAAAGAUGGAUCGAACUCGUUGAUGCGGCAUUGAUUCCCAACGGUGAUUCGUCAGAAAUGAUGAGGUCCAUUAACAUUGCAUUGUUGUGUGUACAAGAAGGUGCAAUUGAUCGGCCGACCAUGUUAGAUGUUGUUGCAAUGCUAAGCAACAAGACUAUGAUCUUAAAUAAGCCUAAGCACCCAGCAUAUUACAGUAUAAGUGUAGGCAACAAAGAAGCAUCCGCUGCUGCUAAGUCUUGUAGUUUUAAUGAUGUGACUAUAUCUACGAUAACUCCUAGAUAGUUUAUCUUCGUAUCAAUAUUAUUUUUACUUUGAUAUUGUACAGUGUAGCGGGGGUGUAGUGUGCUGGGGUGUAGCCACUAUUUUCCCUAAGCUCUAUGCCGUAUAUGUAGUGCAUAAGUUCUUAAUUGUAGUGUACUUUGGUGUCUAUGAAUGUCUUAGUCAAACCCAUGUUUAUUUUA